AUGGAAGAUAAUGCUGACAGGCAGUGUAAAUAUAGAACCUCCCUCCCAGUGGCUCAGUUCAGCCGCGGCGACUUCUCCCUCUGGUCUGUGCUGAAGAACUGCGUCGGCAAGGAGCUGUCCAAGAUCACCAUGCCGGUGGUGUUCAACGAGCCACUGUCCUUCCUCCAGCGUAUGUUGGAGUACCUGGAGUAUGCCCAUCUGUUGCGCAUGGCGUCCGAGCAAACCGACCCCGUGGCUCGGAUGGAGUAUAUUGCUGCCUUCGCAGUGAGUGCGUUGGCGUCCAACUGGGAACGUCUGGGGAAGCCGUUCAACCCACUCCUGGGCGAGACGUAUGAACUUGAACGUCCCGAGUUCAGGGCGGUUUGUGAACAGGUAUCCCACCACCCUCCCGUGUCUGCAUUCCACGCGGACAGCCCGCACUUCGUGUUCCAUGGCUCCGUGCACCCCAAGCUGAAGUUCUGCGGCAAGAGCGUCGAGAUACAGCCCAAGGGACACGUCACUGUCGAGUUACCUAGGUGGGGUGAAGCCUACACCUGGAGUAACGUGAACUGCUGCGUCCACAACGUGAUCGUGGGCAAAUUGUGGAUCGAGCAGUUUGGAGCCAUGGAGGUGACGUGCCAUGGCGGCGCUGGUCUGAAGGCCAACCUCGUGUUCAAGCCGGCUGGCUUCAACAACAGGGAUCUGCACAGAGUUGACGGGUUCAUUGUUGAUGCUAACAAGAAGCGCAUAAAGUUCCUGUACGGCAAGUGGACGGAGUAUAUAAAAUGCUGCAGUGCUGCAGCCUACGAGCAGUGGGCCAAGGAGCGCGGGGAGGAGGCGUCCUCACAGACUCCCUCACACACGCCUAAGAAGAUGCUCGCUAAGUUGAACAGCUUCAAAGUUGGAGCACUGCGGUCUAUGUCUAUCCAAGACCCAGAUGAUGCGGAAAAUUCGGAAGACGUUCCUAAGUCAGACGAUACGAAUAACAUCGAGAUCGCUGGCUCUGUCACCCUGUGGGAGGCGAGGCCGCGGCCUUCCACUAGUGCUCAGUACUACCAAUUCACGGAAUUCGCGAUGUCUCUUAAUGAGUUGGAGAGGGACAUGAAAGGCCAGCUCUGUCCCACGGAUAGUCGGCUGAGGCCUGACAUCCGACUGCUGGAGCAAGGAGACAUCGAUGGAGCUGCCACUGAGAAGACCAGGCUCGAGGAGAAACAACGGACUGCUAGGAAACUGCUCAAGAAGUCACCUGAGGCUUGGCAACCUAGGUGGUUCAGUCAAGGCACAAACCCCUAUACGAAACAAGAGGACUGGCUGUACAACGGAGGCUACUGGGACCGCAACUACCAACACUUAAAGGACGUCGACAUUUUCUAA